CGUAGUGUAAAUGUAGUACCCAGAUACCUUUAAGUCGCGGCUGUCAGCCGCGUCCGUUAGUGUGUCGGCGCCUUUACUCUAUGGUGUCAUUGUUGGUCUGUGGCAAAGACACAGAGUACUUUAAUAAUACUCAAAAUACUACAGAUUAAUCGGAAAUGGAAUGGUCUGUCAUCUGUGUCUAUCUAUGUAAAUGUAAAUAAAAUAAAUAAAUAAGAUCAACUGUGCUCUUAUCCUAUUUUAUUUUAAUUUUGUCCAUAUAUAUAUCCAUAACACUGUUUCCUACCUAUAAUAAUAAUUCAGAGAAAAGAGAAGCAUAGAACGAUGUGAUAAUCUGUUGCCGUGUUAUUAAUUUUUUGGUUAUAUUUUGUAAUUUGUUAAAAUGUUCAACACAAGAAGCGAAAAGGUAUUGCAAGCUCCCAGUAUACUGUCUCUUAUAAGAGCCAACUGUUGCACCACAUGUCUGAGCAGCGACCGCCGUCUCUAUCCAAUCAAAGCAUAUCUCCCUGAACUAAGAUAUCUCUGCAAAGAAGUUUCUUCACUGAAAAAAGGUGCGGAAAUCAAUAUUGACAGCCUCUCAUCUCUAACUUGUUCCAAUAUUAAAAACACAUUUGAUGCUGAAUAUGACCUGACUUAUAACAUCAUUCCAAUUGAAGUGAAAAUAGAAUAUGAUGAAUCAAGUAUUAAAGGAGAAAAUCAAGAUACAAGUGAUGGCAUCAGUGAUGAUGAUGAUAGAGAACCACUCUCGGGGCCCAAAAUAGAGGGAUCAACAGUUGAUGCGGAGAGCCCCCGGACUCCGUGGAAAGUGGAAGCUGUGACAGUACCAGCAGAAUUUAAGGAAGAACAAGAAAACACUGAUGAUAAUGAGAUGCCUUUUGAAUCUCUAGCUUCAGAAAAUAAGCCCACAUCGUCUAGAAAACUCAACAAUAGCUUAAUUUAUAGCAAUAGCGACCAGCCCUCGUCAUCACUAGCUGAGAAUGAGCGUGCGUACGAAGUAAAAACAUUCAGUAGUGAAACAGAAAUGCUGGAAUACAGGGAGACUAUGAAGAAACCGAGCAUGUAUACUGGCAGAAGUUACAAAUGUGAAAAGUGCAUUAUUGCAUUUUCAAAGCAGUAUCAAUUUGACAAUCACAUGAAAAUGCACGAUGUGGAAAGGGGUCCAUUUAUGUGUCGUUUCUGUGAACAGAGAUUUGAUUUGAAAAGGGUGUGUGAAAAACAUGUUUACUCUCACUUCAGAUAUUACGCAUGCCGCCACUGCUCCUACCGUCACCACACAGUGUCGCUAAUCAAACUACACAUGCAACGCAACCACAGGGAGUACGAGUGUGGAAAGUGCGAUUUAAAAUUUUCCUGCUACAGAGAGUACAAUAAUCACACGCAGAAGGCGCACGGGGCGUUGGUCAAGUGCAAUGUUUGCGAUAAAACACUCGCGACGCAACACAGCCUGAGAGAUCAUAUGCAAAGAAGACAUCAGGGCGUCGCGCCGGUGUACGAGUGCAAUGUUUGCGAUAAGAAAUAUAAAGGCAGACAAGGAUUAGCACUUCACAUUAAGACUACUCACAAUACCAACCAAGCGGACGACGGCAGACCGCCGGCGUACUGCGUGGAGUGUGACAAACACUUCCCAACGCAAUCAAUAUUCAAACAGCAUCUGCAGACGUCCAAGAAACACUCGGCACCCAGGUACGAAUGUGACCACUGCGGCUCUAAAAGCAUCAACAAACAAGCUCUUCAGCACCACAUAGAUUCUACACAUAUGAAGAUUCCUAGAUACGAGUGUGAAACGUGCGAUCAGAAGUUUAUAACAAUUCUUUACUUGAAGCGGCACAAGCAAAAUGCACACGGAGGCAAGAAGGCGGUCAAGAAACAUGUGUGUCAUGUGUGCGGAAAAGAAUAUACGGUCAAAAAAAAUCUAGCAGAGCACAUGAACACCCACUCCGGGCUGCGUCCGUUCGAGUGCAAUGUGUGCGGAGAUACAUUCGCGCGCAGCGCUUCGCUCUACACACACAACAAGCUAAAGCACUUGAAAAUAAAACCUGAGUCCUGGAAGAAGAAGAAGAAGAAGACUACCAGUUAAUUUAGUUUACCACUCAGGUGUCUGACCACCCCUGAAUUUAGGGCUAAGCAGAUAUGAGAAACAAUUUUAAGCAUUAAUAUAAGUUUAUCUCAGCAAAGUUAAGAUAUAUCCGUGGCAUCGGCAAACUGUUAUGUCGUUAAAUAAAUCUUAAUAAAAUGAUUAUUUUAUCUAUGCAUUUGUACCCACUCUGUUUAAUUUAUUUUGUGUUUCGUCUCAUUCUAGGUUUAUUAAGUUAAAAUCUGGUUAUAUAAGUA